UUCUCUCUCUCUCUCUCUCUCUCUCUCUCUCUUUUCUUUCUUUGUUCUGUUUUUUUUUUUUUAUUUUCUCCUCCUUAUCUGUCUUCCACGUUGUUCGUCUAUUUCCAUUUCAAGCAUAUUAAUAAUAAAGGACGAAAUUGAGAAUCGAAUCACAUCGUUGGAUCACGUCACUUGAGAAGAGGUUACCCCAUUGGAAAUUCGACGGACCUUCUUUUUUUCCUCUACUCUCUUUAUCUUUCUCCAUGCUAAUAACGAGUGGAAUCUUUCCUUUUUAAAGAUAUCGACGUGUUUGGCGAUAAGCUAACUAACUCGAAUAUGAAACGACACGUUUCUUCGUGGCUGAUCGGCAAUUAAUAACGCGACGAACGCGAUUGAACGAACGAAGCCGGUUUCAAGCAGUGUUUAGUGAAUCCUUUUGAAUAAAAUAAAAGAAAUCAAAGAAAAUGAUGUAUUGUUGUUGGUCGUGAGAAAAAAAAACAUACAGAGAUCACAACGAAUCACGAUCUAUUCUACUCUUGUCUCGAACGAAUUCCCAAUCUUGGAAUCUUGGCAUCUUGGCAUCUUUUAGAAAAAGAAGAAAAAAAAAAGAAGAAAAAAGAAAAGCGUAACUUAAAAUCGCUAGAUCGUUGAUGGCGACAUGCGAGUAACCUUGCAACGCGAAUCAAUUGAAACGAUUACGUUUUUAACACGCGAGAGUCGAACGGUGGUGAAUCAGUGGUAUCCUGGAGGAGCGGAGGGAGCGGAAAGAAAGUAAGUAGAAUAAGAAGAAUCGGCCGCGACUGUUAUAUCGUGAGCUUGUUGUGUGUUCCGUAAAACGGAACCGAGAGUACUUCGGUUGACGAGGCGAAGGCGACGAUGACGGGCGAUCCGCGUCGAUCGAGGGAGGCUCAGGACUCGCCGGAAAGUAACAACUUGAACUUAAAAGCCUCCGUGGAAGUGUUUAAUAAAACCUAGUCGUGGCUGGAGUUUUGAUGACCGUGAUUGGCCUCAGCGAUGAAGGGGGCGUCGAGUGCAUCCGGUGCAGCAGCUGCGACCGCUGCUUCGCAGGUGCAGCCUGCGGUCGGCUUACACGGCAGGAUACACGAUCUCUUUAGCCCGAUAACGGCGGCGAGCUGUGCGGACAAGGAGGAAUACGAGAAGCUCGCCGAAACGAAAACCAGGACAGACAAGAUCGAAGUAUUGCCCAAGGGAUACUCGAACGAUGACACUAAGGCUAAGUCCACGGCCAUGUCGCGGCUCCUAGCCGUUGAUUCUGACAAUUACAUGCUCCGCAAAGGCGCCACUUCGGCCAAUGGCGCCGUCGCCUCGACGUCCACCGUCCCCGCGAUAGUGCCUGCAGCCUCUAUAUCGAAUGCCUCCUCGAUCGCACAAAAUUUGCAACUACAUCCCAGACAGAUACCACCACCACGUAAUUUUCACACAAAACUCGGUUUCAACAGCAAUGGAACUUACAGUGAUCUCGAAACCAGCAUUGCGAUCACGGCAAAAACUUGUACCAGCUCGAUUAAAGCUAUGCCCGUUAACGAUCCUCCUCCAUCAUCGGAACCACACAAUUCUAAAGGAAGUGCCGCGUUGCUUUUGCCUAAACGACAACAUACCUCCGUUAAUCAGCAACAACAAAUUCACUCCGUUAAUAAUGCCGCUUCCUCGUCGUCGUCGUCCUCCUUUUGCCCCGUCGUCACUUCUGUAACUUCGACAAAGUUUCUAAAUCUUCCUAUAAGCCGGAAGCAACAAUUUUCGAAACUAUCUUUGAUUGCGGAUCAAUUCCGAUCGAAUCCAACGUCGAAAAGCAUUUCGAAGGAAUUGCUUGAAAAUGCAGAGGAAUUUUCGCAUCUAUGGCCGAGCGGGUUAUUUCCUUGCGCGAGAACAGUAUCAUUUCAUCAGUAUCUGUGCUCGUGCAAUGAUUUUUCGCAACAACAGAACAGUGAAUCGUCGAUAAAUGGUAAUGCUUACGAUGUAGUGGCAGAGGAGAGCGUCUAUUCGAAUUCAAUCGGUCAUGAGGGCUUUGGUGGCGAUAGCGGACAGCGUGCCCUUGACAAGGGCACUGGAGCCGGCCGCGAACCGGCUACUAUGCGUAAUCUAUGUUGCUGCAUGUGCGGUUCUCUAUGUCCUCCAGAGUGCCAUGCGUGCUUCCACGUGGUCUGCUCGGAAUACAGCGGGCAGCACCUCUGCCAAUGGAGUAGCAAGGGUCACGCGCUACCGGGCCAGGUUCUCGACAAGGACAAGCCCGUGAGCGAGUGGACAUCUUUAAACGUUGUCGAAUGGAUGGCUGCUCUAAAUCUCUACCGCUAUGCGGACGUCUUCAAGUCUAAGGAUAUCAAGGGGAGCGAUCUUCCUUUCUUGGACCGGGAUAAGUUGAUGGUAAGUAAAUUCUUUUCAUUUCUUCUUCUUCUUCUUCUUCGUAUUUAAUUUCAAUUUAUUUAUUUUUCGUUAAAUUUUCGAACGUUUGUUAGUAGCUCGGUCGUAAAUAUUACAGGACGUUGAAAGCCGAUAAAGUUUCUCGAUGGAAAACGAAGGUAAAGGGAGUAGUCGGCCGCGAAUAUGUGUCUCGUUUUUUCUUGUUUCGAGGCAGGGAACCGUGUCGGGAGCGGAAUCAGCCACGGUGGGAGAUCGAAAAUUCUUUGGCUAGUACUCAAAGGCGAUGACCUCGACUCAAGAGUAUCUGGACGACGUUUUCCUUGGCCCGUUGACCCUGUAAUUGCCAUGUAGCGUCUGCUCUAUAGCACAGUCGAUUCUUUAUCGUGUCUUCCCCUCCCCUCUUCUUCUUCUUCAUUUCUUGUUCUUCUUUUUUUUUUUCUUUUUCUUUUUUUAUAUCGUUUAUCGAUUAUCGAAAGUACUUGACGAGUGCUUUCUCAUUAUCUCUGAAUGACUUCACGAAGUAGACGAAACAUCAUUUCAAUUUUAUUUUCAAUACACAGUAUCUUUCUUUUCGACGAGUA